UACGGCACCUUCUGUUUGAGGUUCUUUAUUGCCUGGCCAAAUCAUUUGCCUUACCUCUCUGUCUUCUUUAAAUUUUCAGCGAAAUGACAAACUGCCUCCGUGCACACAGUUGAUCCAGUGGACUGUGCCCAAAUCUGAUCUCUGUACAUUUUCUUUGAAAACUGCAUUGCUAAUCUGGCGCGUAACUACUUAAUUCUUUUGUCAAUUCGAAGAACAGUGUAAACCGAUCAGGUUUAAAAAGUUCAUUUACGAUGAACGUCAGUUGGUAUUAUAGUUUGCGCUAUAAUGCUAUACCACCAUAAAACAACAGCACAAGAAGAGGUCUCAUGUUGCUAGGAAACCGUUGUUUAGUACCGUCAGCGUGGGACGCGAGAAGCCAGUUUCAUUUGAGGUGAAAACCAUUUGUUCUCAAAUAAUGCCGGCAAAAAGAAAAUCUUCCAACAAAUCCCCAAAGGGUAAAACUCCAACAGUUGUAGAUGGUUUGUCUACAGAUGAGAUGUCUAAAGAGCAGUUGGAGGAGCACAUUGUGCGUCUGCGAGAAGAGCUGGACAGAGAACGGGAGGAACGCAACUAUUUUCAAUUAGAGAGGGACAAAAUCCACACAUUUUGGGAAAUCACCAAAAGACAACUGGAAGAGAAAAAGUGUGAACUAAGAAACCGAGAGCAUGAAUUGGAGGAAGCAGAGGAGCGCCACCAAGUGGAAAUAAAGGUUUACAAGCAGAAGGUGAAGCACCUAUUGUAUGAACAACAGAACACAAUCUCUGAGCUAAAGGUGGAAAGUGUUGUCAGCACUAAACUGCUGCAGAGGGAGCAUGCUGACCUUAAGGAUCAGCUGCGGAAGGACAUGUGCUGCUUGAAAGUAGAUGUGAAAGAGCAGGAGCUGUCCAGUGAGAAUGUGAUCAAGAACCUUCAUCUGCAACAUGAUGAGGAAAUUACUGUUCUGAGAAAUGAUUUUGCCAGACAAGUGCGAGAUAUUGAGUCCAAAUAUAAGAAAAGGAUGCAGAAACUACAGCAGGAGGAACAGCUAAGACGCAAAACGGAGAUUCAUGAGAUUGAGGAACGAAAGAACAGUCACAUCAACAUGCUGAUGAUGAAUCAUGAGAAAGCUUUCAGAGACAUCAGGAACUACUUUAGUGACAUUGUCUACAAGAAUCUGGAUAUUAUCACUUCACUUAAGGAAGAGUUAAAGGAGAUGAAAAGGAAGGAGGAGAAGAGAAAUAAACAGAUGGUUGAAGUGCUUGAGGAGAAUAAGGACCUUAGAGAGUCUCCACAAAAAGCCAAAGAGGAAGUCGCAGAACUCCAGAAACGGCUCUCCCACUAUGAGAAGGACAGGAGUGCUCUAGCUAGAACAAGAGCUCGUCUCAAAAUAUCUGAAAACGAAAUGAAGGAGCUAAAGUGGGUGCAUGAGGUGUUGGAACAGAGAUUUACUAAGGUUCAGAUGGAGCGAGACGAGCUGUACAUGAAGUUCACUAAAGUCAUACAGGAGGUUCAGCAGAAAAGUGGUUUUAAAAACCUGCUACUGGAGUGCAAACUGAGUGCACUCAAUGACACCCUGAGGAAGAAGGAAGUGCAGCUCAGUGAAGUGCUGUCUGCUUCCAACCUGGACCCCAGUACCCUAAACAUGGUCACCCAUAAACUAGAGGAAGUUUUGGAGUAAAACCAUACUAUUAGAGACCUACAGUAUGAAGUGGCACGCGUUUGCAAGGCCCAUAAUGACCUUCUGAAGACUUCUGUAGCUAAGCUGCAGGCUUUUGAUCCUGUGGAAGAACUUAUCUUUAAGCCAUUGGAAAGCAGUCCUGGACGAAGUCUUGGCCAGGGCCCUGCUGCUCUCGUUCAUGCUUCAAAUUAGCAAGAAAGAGAAAAUGUACACUCCUAAAACUUGAUGCAUAAAAUGUACACACAUUUUAAUAUACACUAAAAUUCUAAUUCUAACACUACAGACAUUCUUCAAGGUUUAUGUUAUGUUAUGGAUAUGCAUGAGAUUCUUAGUAUAAAUCAUUUUUCAGUGUAAAUGAAAAUCACUUUGGCCACUAUGUAUCAGUUUAUUUUUCAUUGUGAAUAGAUAAUAACAUCUUUUGUUUUUUUUUGUGAAUUUUUAUUUACCUUACAUUAUACUGUGACAUAUUAUGGAAUGUAUAACACACAUAUUAACAUAGUAAUUUAUCCAGUAGUAAUUUAGUUACUCUUUUUUUUUUUUUUUUUAGUUACUCAUUGUUUUUUUUUUGUUUGUUUUUUUUCACAAAAUAUAAAAAGUCGUAUAUUUUGCGAAUCUAUUGCCUGUAAAUUUCUAGUAAAGUUGCUCACAGUUU